AUUGAGCUUCUUUUUGGCGUCAUCUCCGCCAAUUAUUAUGAUAUAGUUUUGCUUAUUUUAAUGUGGAACGAAUCGAUAUCUAUACUGCGAGACAAAAAUGAAGACACGCCCUUACAUAUUAUGGCUCGAAAGUCAACUUCAAAAGUCAAGAUAAAUCAAUGGAAGACAUUAUAUAUCAAAGCACUAGAUUCAAGAGUAUAUGCAAAAAAACAACUUAGGCAGAAUCAAGCCCAUCAAAUGGUUGAACAGAUGUGGCGUGCAGAAGAUACGAUGUUGACGUUCAUCCUGUCUCCCACGAGCAUCCUGCACGAUGCUGCAAAAGUUGGAAAUGCUGAAUUUCUGAGACUGUUAAUCGAUUCAAACCCUGAUUUUGGUUGGACUGUUGACCGAAAUCAAAACAACAUAUUUCACAUAGCAGAUGAGAAUAGACAAGAGAGUGUCUUUUGUUUAAUGUAUGAAAUGGGCGAGUUGCUCGAUCUAUUGCCCUUCUAUUUUGGUGAGGAAAAUAACAGCUUGCUUGAACUAGCAGCAAAUCUGCCCACCAUCAGACUCAUAGAAGUGGAGAAAAUCUUAGAGCUUACAAAGAGGAGGAAGAACAACCUACGUGAAUUGUUCACCGAAAACCACCAAGACUUAGUGAAAGAAGGAGAAAAAUGGAUGAAGAAAACAGCAAAUUCGUGUAUGUUGGUUGCAACUCUGAUUGCUGCAAUAGUUUUUGCUGCAAUCUUCACCGUACCAGGCGGCAGCAACAACAACCACGACGUCCACACAGGCUCUCCUCUCUUUCUUCACCACAAAUGGUUCACAGUGUUUGUGAUAUCAGAUGCAACAGCUUUGAUAUCAUCUUCAACAUCAAUACUAUUGUUCUUGUCGAUCAUCACCUCACGUUGUGCCGAAGAAGAAUUCCUAAUCAGGUUGCCAUUAAAGUUGGUGUUCGGUCUUGGAACACUGUUACUCUCAGUAAUAAGCAUGGUACUAGCUUUCACUGCCACGUUUUUUCUGUUCUAUGGCAAAGAUGCAGCUUGGGUUCCAUUGCUUGUUGCUUUAAUAGCUAUUGUUCCAGUUUACUUGUUUAGUUUGCUACAGCUUAGCCUUUGGAGUGAUGCAUUCGCAGCGUUAACCGCCUCUUUGUGCUUCUUAUCCAGGAAUUACAAGUCCAGAUCAUCUUAUCGAAUGUAUUUGUCCUCUGCAGACAAAAAUGUAUGA